UCAAUUUUCUCCAGUUUUAAUGCUUCUUUCAUGUAUUAUAAAUAAAAAGUGAUUUUUUUUAAGUUAAAAGUUAAGGAAAUUUACCAAGACACAAUGACCAAGAUGAUAAUUUUGGGAAUAGUAACAGUGAUUUUAUUGGAAGUUGCGAAUUUCACAGAUGCAUGUAAUGAAGCAGUUUGUGGGAGUGUUGUAAGCAAGUGCAUAUUAAGAAAAACAUGCGACUGUGAUGUAAAAACUUGCAGUUGCUGUAAGGAAUGCUAUGCGUGUUUAGGCCAGUUUUACACUGAAUGUUGCGCCUGUUUUGGCCUUUGUCCAAUACUGAAUUCAUCAUACAGUUCUCUAAAUAAAUUAUCAUACGUGGAGGAUUUAAUGAUACCAGUUCCAAAUCUUUUUCACGCUCUCACAGCCGAUCCAGACCCAGAAGGACGAUGGGCAAGUUUUACGUAUCAAGAUUCCCAUUUCUCUCAAUCAAUAAAAGCAGAAAGCGUCCAAACGAAAAAUUUCGUGCGUGAGGAUAUUUUUGUUAACGAGGACAUCAGUGUGCAAAAUGCAGAUAAUUGCACAGUAGCAUAUAUUUCAGACUGCUCUUCUCUGCAUACAUGUAAGACUUCCUGUUCCGGUCUGGGUGCCACAAGUUUCAGAUGGUUUCAUAACGGAUGUUGUGAGUGUAUAGGACAACAUUGUUUUAAUUAUGGAUUGAACGAGUCUAGAUGUAGUAAAUGUUCAAACCACUACAAUGAAGAAAGUCCUGAAGAUAUUUAUGACGAUUAUGGACAAUUUUAUGACGAAGACUACAACAAUUUGGAAUUAAUAAGUUUCUAAGGAUUUUAUUUCAGGCAGUGGCCACUUGAUCGCCGUGUACCUGCAUACUGUACCCCCUCUACCCAAAUUCCCCUCCAGAAGCUAAGGGAUCGUCAGGCGGUAGAGUUCUG